AUGAAGUUCACGGCUGCCCUCUCCCUUGGCCUUUUUGCGUCCAGCUCCCUCGCUGUCAGCGUCACCCAGAUCAUGAAGGGCGGAGGAACCAACGACCUCGAGAUCCAGACUGACGGAACCUGCAUCGACCUGUUCCAGGGCACUUACGGAGCUCGUCUGAACGGCGGAGUUACGGGAACCAAGUGCCGCUUCUGGGUUGAUUCCGGAUGCAGUGGCCCGGUUAUUGGCGUGAUUUCGACCGAGCGCCCAGAGGCCGAAAUGUCUGACGGCGCGAAUGGUAUCAGGUGCGCGGUGCCUGGCAGUGACUAG